GCGACCGCAAGCGUGUUUGAUGCGAUGCGGCACGUCGUUCAAAACUUAGAGUCUAGAUCCUGUAAUGUACGUAUUGCUAGAAAAACCAAAGGUUCAACAGUUCAAGUAUUGCUACAAUUGUUAGAAAUGCGGUUAGAUAGUAUUAUUUUUCGGUUGGGUAUGGGUCCAACAAUUCCAGUAGCACGAGAAAUAAUUAAUCAUCGGCAUAUUUUAAUAAAUAAUAAUACAGUUGAUAUACCAAGUUAUGAUUGUAAACCUGAAGAUGUUAUUACCAUAAAAGAUCGAUUUUGAUCUAUCUUUGGUUUAAAAUAUUUUGUUGUUGGUUUAAAU